AUGUUACUCUAUUCCAAUUUUGCCCCCACAAACACCAUAAAUUCAACCAAAGCUUCUUCAUAUGUUAUCCAAAACAUCAGCCUCCGCUUUUCUUCCUGUAGCCAACGAAUCAAAUUCAGAACAAACAUCGUCACAUCGCAAAUCGCAGCUAUGCAGCAGAAAAUAGCAUUGCUGAACAAGCAUGGUGAAAAGCUUGUUGGUGUGUUGCAUGAGACAGGAUCACCAAAACUUGUAGUUCUUUGCCAUGGUUUCAAAUCCACAAAGGAGUACAGUAUGAUGGUCAACCUCGCUACUGCUUUAGAAAAUGAAGGAAUCAGUGCAUUUCGUUUUGAUUUCUCUGGAAAUGGGGAAAGUGAAGGUACAUUUGAAUUUGGUAACUACUCUAGCGAGGUUGAAGACCUUAGAUCUGUGGUUGAGUACUUCAUCGGAUUGAACCGUUCAACAGUUGCGGUUGUUGGCCAUAGUAAAGGCGGAGGUGUGGUCCUUCUGUAUGCAUCAAAAUAUCACGAUAUACCAGCCGUGGUGAAUAUCUCUGGCCGAUAUGAUCUCAAGCGAGGACUUGAAGAGCGGUUGGGAAAAGAUUUCAUGGAUCGACUCAAUAAGGAUGGAUACAUCGAUAUUAAGACUAAAUCAGGAGAAGUUGAUUAUCGAGUCACGUUAGAGAGUAUGAUGGAGAGACUCAAUACAGACAUGCACAAAUCCGCCCUUACAAUUGAUAAGAAAUGCCGGGUAUUGAUAGUUCACGGAUCAGCAGACGAAAUAAUCCCAGUAGAAGAUGGAAUCGAGUUUGGCAAGAUUAUACAAAACAACUGUUUGCGAAUCAUACAAGGAGCCGAUCACUGCUUUACUUCGCAUCAAGACGAGCUAAUUGGGGUCGUUUUACCUUUCGUGAAGGUAAAACCUAUAGAGAUACGAAGCCCCGAUGAUUGCCAACCGUUGCACGUCCCAAUACGGCAAUACCUCUUAAAAAGGCGAUAA